AUGGCGGCGGCAGAGCUGGACGCCAGCUCGCGGCUGGUGGGGGACCUGGGCUGGCAGGCGGCGGCGCUGGACAGGGCCGUGGCGGACCUGGAGAAGCAGGUAUCCGAGAUGGAGCGCCGCGCGGCAUCCUCCGCCGCCUCGGGCCGCAGCGUAUCCGACGUGGACGAGGACCUGAGUGCGCUGGAGAAUCAGCGGCACCACAAGGAGUACGACAGGGACCAGCUGCUCAAGAAGCAGGGCAGGGCGCGCGACGAGGUGCUGGCCAUGUCCCUGGCCCUGGGGGAUCUGCGCCAGCGGGUGGCGGAGCUGCGAGAAGCGGCCAAGCGGCGCGCGGACCUGCAGCGGCGGCUGGAGGACAUCGGGCAGCAGCAGGCGCGCCCCCACUCCCGACAGCGGCACGCGCUCCCCCCCAUUUCUGCGCAGGCCGACGCGGCGGCGGCGAUCGACGCGGCGGGCCGCGACCUCGCGCCCCUCGGGGCCAGCCGCGACGCGGCGGUGGAGCAGCGCGCGGCGGCGCGCGCGGCGGCGGCGCAGCGCGAGGGCGCGCUGGACUCCCAGAUCAGGGAGGCAGUGGCGGCACGCGACCAGGUGGCGGCGCGCUGCCGCCCCGUGGAUGAGUACCUGUCCGCGGGGCGCAGCGCUGACCUGGCGCGCACCAGCGGCGAGCUGGACGCGCUCAACAGGCGCAUAGAGGACGCGCACAAGCACACCAGUGAGCUGGAGGCGGCCCUCCAGGAGAAGCAGGGCUCAAUAGCGGAGAUGAGCGACACACGGCGCGACAUACAUGCGGUGCUGGACUCGAGGCGCACGGAGGCAAAGCAGCGGGAGCUGGAGGCCAGCCUGGCGCGGUUGCAAGAGCAGAAGCAGCAGGCGCACAGGACGUUUGAGGACAAGCGGCGGCAGAGGGACGACCUGCGCAGCAGCCAGGACAGGGUCAAGGGGCGGCUGGAGGUGGAGCGGCAGACCAUGCGCCAGGCUGAGGUUGAGCUGUCCCAGCCCAUGUACAACAACAUUGAUUUGAAGACCAAGAUGAUGAUGGUGGAGGUGUCCACCACCAAGCUGGCGUGUGAUGACCUGGACAAAUACCACAGGGCCCUGGAGAAGGCACUGCUCACGUUCCACACCACAAAGAUGGCAGACAUCAACAGGACCGUGAAGGAGCUGUGGCAGAAGACCUACCGGGGGCAGGACAUCGACUACAUCCAGAUCAAGGCCGACGCUGACGGGGCGCGGUCCUACAACUACCGCGUGGUGAUGUACAGCGGCGGCGUGGAGCUGGACAUGCGGGGCCGCUGCAGCGCGGGCCAGAAGGUGUUGGCGUCCCUCAUCAUCCGCCUGGCGCUGGCCGAGACCUUCUGCCUCAACUGUGGCAUCCUCGCACUGGACGAGCCCACCACAAACCUGGACGCCGCCAACGCAUCCGCCCUGGCGGAGGCGCUGCGCACCGUGAUGGCGACCCGCCGCGACCAGGAGAACUUCCAGCUCAUCGUCAUCACCCACGACGAGACCUUCGCCUCCCUCAUCGGCACGCGGCAGCACGCCGAGUUCCUGUGGCGCGUGACCAAGGACGAGGCGCAGCACUCGCACGUCGCGCAGGAGGACAUAAACGAGUGA